AUGACCCCUUUUGUCGUACCCUUGGCCUUUUUGCAAGGAUUUGAGGUGCAGCAGCGCAUGGAGCAGGAAAAUGCUCAGGAGGGACUUUUUGUAGGAGAGAAUGACAGCACCUCCAUGCUGGGCUCUGGUUGUUCUCAAAAGACUUUUGGUGAUGUGUGUGGUGAUGGAGUGACAGCGACUGAUACCGCUACUGCAUAUAAUACUUGCGGUGGUUUGCUUUCAUAUUCAUCUGGGACACUGCAGAGUCCCUUUUACCCUGGAAAUUAUCCAAACAAAGCUGACUGUGUUUGGGAAAUACAAGUAACAAGCAAUUUUCGUGUCACACUCACAUUCAGGGAUAUUCAGAUGCAAGGUGGCAGGUGCCUGUCUGAUUAUGUGGAAAUCUAUGAUGGGCCAUUCCGUACUUCUCCUCUCCUUGGGAAAAUCUGUUCUGGGACUUCUCGCACAUACACUUCUUCCUCAAACCUGAUGACAGUCUACUUUCACAGUAACUCUCAAUACACAUACAGAGGCUUUCAGGCUGACUACUACUCCAUUCUAGCAGAUCAGAGUACUACACUUCUGUGUUUGCCCGACUAUAUGCAUGUAGUCGUGAGCAGAGCCUUUCUUCAAUCUGAGGGCUACGGGACUUCAAAUCUCACCUUGAAUGACUCGUACUGUCAGCCCAACAUCACACCCAAGUAUGUUAUAUUCAACAUACCAUACAACAGCUGUGGCACCGUGAGAAAGGGAAACAACAAUACAAUCAUCUAUUCCAACCUUAUCAGUGGAUCCUCUUCUGGUUCUGUAAUCACAAGACGUAAAAAGCUUCACUUGCACGUCAACUGCAAAAUGCUCCAGAACACAUGGACACAAAUAAUGUAUGUUGCUGAGGACAAUUUUGAACUCAAUGAAACUCAGUAUAGCAGAUACGACGUGAACCUUACAUUUUAUCACACAGCAUCUUUCUCACAACCAGUCUAUGACUCCCCGUACUAUGUUGAUAUCAACCAGAUUUUGUUCCUUGAAGCUGACCUGCACAGCUCUGACUCAAAUCUGGUCUUGUUUGUGGACACCUGUGUGGCAUCUCCUAACCCCAAUGAUUUUACAACGGUGACCUAUGAUAUAAUCAGGAAUGGGUGUGUUAAAGAUUCCACCUACGCUAAUUAUUAUUCACCGUACAAGUACAAGGCCCGGUUUAAAUUCAAUGCCUUCCAGUUUGUUCGUAACUAUCCAUCUGUUUAUCUGAAGUGUGAAUUUGUGGUGUGCAGGCUAAAUGACUAUUCUUCCAGAUGCUACCAAGGCUGUAUUACUAGGGCCAAGAGAGAAGCAAGCUCUACACAAGAAAGAGUGAAUGCUGUUGCUGGCCCAAUUCAGCUUCGGAAAGAUGGGGCUGAAGAUAGGAAUGCUGAGCUGGACUCUUCUGGCAUCCAGGAAGACAAGAAUACAGCUCCUGCUCCAGCUGCUCUGGACAACAUGGGUACCACCGAGCGCUUGAUGUGGCUGUUCCUCGUGGUUUCAGCAUGUAUGGAUGCCUGCUCAGGUACCACAAGUCCAAGCCUUGGGGUAACGGGCGAAG